GCCUCCCGGCCGCGAGCCUGGCCGCUCGGGGCCGCGGCCAGAAGGCUCCAGGCUGCCUCCCGCCCUGAGCCGGGGAGCCCACGGCCUCGCCCAGCCAUGUCCCCCACCGUCUCCCACAAGGACAGCAGCCGGCAGCGGCGGCCCGGCCCCGUCAACCACUGCCCGGACCUGAAAAGCGGGCCGCUGCCGCCAAGCGCCUGGGACGACGAGCUGCCCGCCGACGGGGUGGGGGGCGAGGCUGACACCGAGGCGCUGCUGCGGACUGCGGGCGGCCGGCCGCCCUGGGGCCCGCGGGGCUACCGGGCCGAGCUGAGCAACAUCCUGCUGCUGUUCUUCCUGUACGUGCUGCAGGGCAUCCCGCUGGGGCUGGCGGGCAGCAUCCCGCUGAUGCUGCAGAGCAAGAACGUGAGCUACACCGACCAGGCCUUCUUCAGCCUCGUCUUCUGGCCCUUCAGCCUCAAGCUGCUCUGGGCCCCGCUCGUGGACGCCGUCUACUUCAAGAGCUUCGGCCGCCGCAAGUCGUGGCUCGUGCCCACGCAGUACAUCCUGGGGCUCUUCAUGAUCUACCUGUCCACGCAGGUGGACCACAUGCUGGGCUACGCGGACGGCCGCAGCCCCGACGUGACGGCGCUCACCCUGGCCUUCUUCGUGUUCGAGUUCCUGGCCGCCACGCAGGACAUCGCCGUGGACGGCUGGGCGCUGACCAUGCUCUCCCGGGAGAACGUGGGCUACGCGUCCACUUGCAAUUCUGUGGGCCAGACGGCCGGCUACUUCCUGGGCAACGUGUUGUUCCUGGCCCUGGAAUCUGCAGACUUCUGUAACAAGUAUCUGCGGUUUCAGCCCCAGCCCAGAGGCAUUGUUACUCUGUCAGAAGGCAUGUUCCUUGAAACUACUUCCCACCUCAUGACUGCCUCUCCAAAUAUGUGUUUGUCUGGAGAGUGUCUGUUCCUGCUUCCUCAGCUGCUCCCUGAGUACUCUCAAACUGACUUCAACCUGUGGAAAGUCUUUCCUUCUGAUUUUCUGUUUUUCUGGGGGACCAUAUUUUUGAUAACAACAACAUUAGUUGCCCUUCUAAAAAAAGAAAACACAGAAAUAACGCCAUCGAAAGAAGAGACAAAAGGGAUCACAGACACUUACAAGCUGCUUUUUACAAUCAUAAAGAUGCCUGCAGUUGUGACUUUCUGCCUCAUGAUUUUAACUGCAAAGAUCGGCUUUUCGGCAGCAGAUGCAGUAACGGGCCUGAAAUUGGUAGAAGAGGGUAUGCCCAAGGAGCACUUGGCCCUGUUGGCCGUUCCCAUGGUCCCCUUACAGAUCAUAUUGCCUCUGAUCAUCAGCAGAUAUACUGCAGGCCCACAGCCACUAAAUGUGUUCUACAAAGCCAUGCCCUACAGAUUAUUACUUGGCUUGGAAUGUGCUUUGAUGGUUUGGUGGACUCCCAAAAUAGCGUAUCAAGGAGGAUUUCCAAUCUAUUACUAUAUUGUAGUGCUGCUGAGUUACGCCUUACAUCAGAUCACAUUGUACAGCAUGUACGUUUCCAUAAUGGCUUUUAAUGCCAAAGUCAGCGAUCCCCUUAUUGGAGGCACAUAUAUGACCCUUUUAAAUACUGUGUCCAAUCUGGGAGGGAACUGGCCUUCCACUGUGGCUCUUUGGCUGGUGGACCCUCUCACAGUGAAGGAAUGCUCGGGAGUGUCGGACCAGAAUUGUUGGACUCCUGAAGCAGCUGAACUUUGCAAAAAACUCGGUGGCUCUUGUGUUACUACAUUGGAUGGCUAUUAUGUGGAAUCUGUUUUCUGUGUUGUUUUUGGAUUCAGUUGGUGGUUCUUUGUUGGUCCAAAAUUUAAAAAACUGCAGGACGAAGGAGCAUCGUCUUGGAAAUGCAGGAGGAACAACUGAAGCAGUUCACUACAGGACGGGCCAGGAAGGGGGACUAGUUUUAAUUUUAAUGCACAUGUCAUGAUAAUCAAUGCACAGGAGUACAAAUACACUGUCCGAGGAGAAAAUUAUUAAUACAGAAAUGCCAAACGGUUAAAAAGCUGAGACCUCUAUGUAUGUGAUCUUUUUUUCCUUACCUUUUCAAUGUAAAAAUAUACUUAAGGUCAGAAAAUUGGUUCUAAAAAUAGCCUCUCUCUUCUUUUUCUUGAACCAUAUUUUUAGUUUACUGACCAAAGCAUGUUUCAGACUGCAGUGAGGUGGCUCUGGGAGAGUUCAUCAUGUCUCCCAUGUAUUGUUAUUGACCCUUUCAGCUGAGAUAUGACUCUAGACACUUUGGUGUUGGAUCAUAUUUGGGGCGGAUGCAUUAAGUGGAACGAAGUGCAGCCUGCAAAUAUGAGCAGGACUUUGUGAGAUCAACAGCUAGAAAUCUCCUUUUGGCUUUCACUUGCAGUAAUUUUAUUUGGAAUCGGCUGAGAGGGGAAAUUGAGACUACUGAGAUGCCAUUUUAACUCACUUUUCUGACCAUAACUAUGUUUUAAAGAGUAGAUCUUUGUGUUUAAAAGUAACACUUUUAAAUGUAUUUUCUGGCUUUUGUAAGCAUUUCAAGAUUUAUAAGAAGAUGAAACAAAUAUUUUUUAUAAAGUGAAAGUUAAGUUUUUUAAUUUAUUGACUUCAUGUGGGGGAAAGGAAACAUUCUAAAGCCUCGUUAACCUUUCUUAACGCUAAAUCUGAGAGGGUGUGGGGCUUUGUUACCAGGGUCUCACAACAACCGGACUUGUAGAGAAUGGUCACAUUUAGUUUCAUGUAUAUUUAAUGGCAUAAUUUCAGAAAUAAAAAGAAAGCACAAUAUUACUCAAGUAGUUUUCCUUUUUCUCCCCCCUUUAAUUUUGAAUUAAAUUAAAACAUUAAUUUUUUUAACAUCUGAUUUGUUUCAGAGAAAAUGUCAAAGAUAUUAGUGCCUUUGACAGAUUCAAAUAAAUCGUGAUGGUAACGGAAAGACCGAUUGAGAAAGCACUCUACAGUUAGUGAGGAAAGAUCUCACAGCUCACUUGUGCCCAACGAGGUGUUUGUCACGUUAUUUCCACUUGUGGUCACAGAAGCUGCAGUUGGCAAACGAAUAUUUUCUGAGCAACACUUGCUGUGAUGCAAAGUUAAGUAAAUUCAUUUUGAGUGCCUUUGCAAUUUCCAACACAUGUGUGUGUAUAUCCACUGACGAGGCACUUUGCAUACCUUAUGUUUUAAGUCAUUAUGUCUCUUUAGUAGACAUACUAAAUGGCUACUUUUAGUAGACAUUAAUACCUUUAAAAGGUAAAAAUAGAAAAGAGAAUAUCUUCUGGUACUGAUUUUUAAUCCUUUUGAAUUAAAUUUCAUAAGGUGCUCUUUCUGUUUUCCCUAGCCAUGUUUGUUUUUUUUUUAGUGAGUUGAUUUUGGCUGAAAAAUGUUUACUAAUUUAUGACCUUGUUAAUUUUGUAAUAUAAACUAUAUAGUGAGUGGGGUUUUAUGACUAUCAGAAUACAAGCUGAGUGACUUUUUUUAAGGCAGUUAGCAUAUGAAGGCCAUGUAAAAGAUGUCCUGUAAGCCUCUAGGAUUGUCAGUAUUUUUGGCCCACUGCUGAUGUUGGGGGUGGAUGCCACGUCCUGAUGACUCCCCAGGGAGACCCUCGUCCUAGGUAGAAGAUGGCAACAUUGAGUCCGGCAUGCCAGACACCUGUUGUGUUAGCAGAUUAUGCUGUUGCUCGGCUGGUCCAACGUUGUGUAUUUCGUUUAAAAUGAUUUACUUGAAUAAAGGAAAAAUAGCUCUUAAUGUGAAAUGUAGUUUUAUCUUUAGUAUUUUGAAUUUAAAAGCUUAAAGUUUAGUUAAUGACAUGAUUGCAUUGUUCACCUGAUCCAUGGGAAGGCCAAUACAAGUAUAUGAAUAUAUGAGUUGUAACUUUAAGCCUAUGGACACUUAAAUAACUUGGACAUUCAAAAAGCAUUUUUUAAGUUAAGACUUGACAAUAAAAAGUCAUUUAUUGCAACUAGACGAAUUUAUGGUAGUCAUUUUAAAUAGAGCCACAUAAUAACUAAUAGUCAUAAAUUAAGUAUUUGGUAUAUAAAUGAUUGUAAUAUGCCAAGGUGAUUUGUUAAUAAAAUUUCACAUUUGAAAUAUCA